CAGUGAGAACCAGAUUCAGGGGGUUCCCAGGAAAGCCUUCAGAGGAGCCGUGGAAAUCAAGAACCUCCAGCUGGAUUAUAACCAGAUCAGCUGUAUAGAGGACGGAGCGUUCAGAGCUCUACGUGACCUGGAAGUACUAACUCUGAACAACAACAAUAUAAGUCGUCUGUCGGUGGCUAGCUUCAACCACAUGCCCAAACUGAGGACCUUUCGUCUCCACUCUAACAACCUGGUGUGUGACUGUCAUGUGGCCUGGUUGUCAGAGUGGUUGAGACAGCGUCCUCGUCUGGGUCUUUACACACAGUGCAUGGCCCCCCCCACCAUGAGGGGACACAAUGUGGCUGAGGUCCAGAAGAAAGAGUUCGUAUGUGCAGGCCACCAGUCCUCUUCCUCCUGCAGUGUCCUCCAGUGUCCUGAGUCGUGUACCUGCAGUAACAACAUAGUGGACUGUAGAGGGAAGAGCCUUACUGAGAUACCUAGCAACCUACCAGAGACCAUCACAGAGAUUCGGUUGGAACAGAACGCUAUCAAGAGUAUUCCUGCUGGAGCCUUCUCACCCUAUAAGAAACUACGCAGAAUAGAUCUCAGUAAUAACCAGAUAUCCGACCUGGCGCCAGAUGCUUUCCAAGGCCUGAGAUCCCUCAACUCUCUGGUGCUCUAUGGGAAUAAGAUUACUGAGAUCUCCAAAGGAUUGUUGGAGGGACUGUUCGCUCUGCAGCUACUGCUGUUGAAUGCUAAUAAGAUAGCGUGUCUGCGUGUGGAUGCGUUCCAAGACCUCCACAACCUCAACUUGCUCUCUCUGUACGACAACAAACUACAGACCAUCGCUAAGGGAACCUUCGCUUCACUACGAGCCAUACAGACCCUGUAC